GCUCCGCCCCCUCCCUCAGACCUCCAGUGCUGCGGCUGUCAGUAUCAGUGAGUGUGCCGCUGGAUCGCUUAGGCGGCCGCCUGGCACACUCACUGAUCCUGACAGGUGUCAGCACAGGAGAUGGGGCCGCCAGCCGCAAGGUGAGUAUUCACCUCAGAGUGUGCCGCCGGACCGGCCACCCGGCGGCACCGACAUGCGGCCGGCGGCCGCGAUAUUAUUAAAGUAAAGGGAGGCUCCCUCUCUCUCUCUCCGGCCCCCCAGGUGCCGCGGCCCACCGGGAAAUUUCCCGGUAUCCCGGUGGGCCAGUCCGGCCCUGCAUGUCAUGGUGGAACCUACUCUGUCUGUGGAGACUAGAAAUUGUUCUGAACAUGACAAGCUUCUAGAGUAUUUUUGUGAAAGUGACCAGAGCUCAAUUUGUGUGACGUGUUACAUUGCUGGCUCUCACAAGGGUCACACCAUCCUGACACUGAAGGAGGCUUGGGCCAAACAAAAUGUAGUAUUGUCAGAGACAAUCAGCACUCUGCAGAAAAGUGAGGUAGACCUCUGCAAAGACAUAGAGGAGCUCCAAGAGGCCUUGGUAAAGUUAAAGGUGAAUUCAGAAAAUCUCACUACAUCUCUCAAAGAUUUAGCUGCAAAUAUUAUCUCGAAAGUUCAAAAUCAGUGGCAGUGCAUUCUGGACACUAUAGUUUCUAAUGAGAAAAAAAUUACUUCAUAUAUAACAGUUUUCACAAAGGAAAGGGAGGAAGAACGAGCCAAAGCUCUAAAAACCAUUCAAGAGCUAGAGUCAGUGAAGGACCAACCAGACGAGCUGCUUUUCAUUAAAAACGUUACUACUUUGCUAGAGCAGGUCAAAAACCAAGAUAUGAAGAUUAAAACAGGGCAGGUUCGAGAUGUAAAAAUUGAUGCCCAUACUGUUAAAAUGAUAGAAAAUAAAACUGAUAGCUACAUAAAUCACAUAAAUUGUCUUCUUCAGACUGUUCAAAAUGCUUUUGCUACUCAAGCACAGUCAAUGGAAAGAUAUAUUGUCAGGAGACUUCGUUCAGUGUAUCUCAACUAACACGUUAUAUGAGGAGGCAGGGCGUGAAUUCCUUCACACGUUUUAAGUUUGUGUAUAAUUACUAGUAAAUAAACAUUUGCAGGAGGAGCGGAGCUUGAAUCCCAUGACACAUUAGCAGAGGGGUCAGGGCUUGAAUGUAAUGCUGAGUGGUCGUGUUUUGACAAAUCGUCAUGAGAAUAACUGACUUUAUGCAUGUAAGCUGCCUUAACUUGCACGCUUAAAGGCACUAUAAUGACUGCUGUCACUUUGGGUCCUUGAGGACUCAUAAGAUUAACUAUUGGAAUCUUUACCAACCAUAUUUAGUAGCAGCUCCUUGCCGCACAUUUGAGUCCUAUCUGUGUCCUGCAAGGUGGUUCGGACAUGCGGGAAGCGGACAAUCCCUCUGCCUGGAUUUUCUUGAUUGCUGCUGCUGCUUUGAUACCAGCUCCCUCCCUGCCGGUGAAGGAGCUGGUAUCAAAGCAGCAGCAACAAUCAAGAAAAUCCAGGCAGAGGGAUUGUCCGCUUCCCGCAUGUCCGAACCACCUUGGAUUCUUACCGGUGGUGUUGCAGAGUCCCUAUCAACUCUUGAGCAUGUGGUGUAACAAACUCGCCAAGAUGGCGGACGUCUUGUGCUUCUCCUGAACUGUUGGCUUACUACUUUCUACUCUAUUCAGGCCUGAUGUGCUAUUUGCUGCCUUUUGGCUAAGGCUCAAUGGUGGCCAGCAUCAACAGAGAUACCCAGACUCAGGCAUUCAACAGCCUUCAGCCUAUGCGGAGCCCAGUUACACUUGCAGGAAGGAAGGCCUAUGCUGCUCCAUGUGUGCCACAGACAUCAAAGGACCCACUGUGGACUGUUUCUAGGAAGAAGCCUUUACCCUUAACCAGACAUUGGUCUUCAAGAGACAAUGUUGUAUUGUCAGAGACAAUCAGUACUUUACAGAAAAGUGAGGUAGCCCACUGCAAAGAAACGGAGGAGCUCCAAGAGGCCUUGAUAAAGUUAAAGGAGACUCAGAAAAUCUUAAUACAUCUCUCAAAGAUCUAGUGGCAAAUGUUAUCUCCCCUGUGUACUGCCUACGCUCUUCUACUAGUCAUGGGAGUAGAAUAGGAUAUCCGCAUUGCUUGGAAAAACACCACUUCGAAACCCUUUAUUUCAGCUGUUGCUGGGUGAUAGUUCCACACUACAGAAUAGACUGGACUUGUUGGUGUAGUGCUAUUAUCAGUCUUGCUAUCUGAGAGCUGACCUGUGGUUUACCUCACUUGCCUGAGAUGGAUCCCCAGUGGUAGUUCUUCUUUAGCCUUCCCUGUUAACCUCAGGUCCGGUCCUCUUCGUGAGGUGUUGGCUGACCGAUCUAGCCGGCGAGGUGUUUGCUGACUAAUUUAGCUUACUAGAAAUGUUCGCCUUCAUUCUUAUUGAAGAGUCUGCUAUUUAUUACCUAUGCUAAGCACUGGUUAAUAUAUAUCAACUAGUAUAUAGUGUGUGUGUGCAUAUGUAUGUUUGCAUGUGUGUGUGUAUACGUAUAUAUAUAUAUACAUAUAUAUAUAAAAAAAAUAUGUCAAACCCCUGCACUCCAAUAUAAAAAUAUAUUUUAC